AUGAUAGCCGGGACGUCUGGUUCUUCGUUGAUUUCUACUCCUGAUCUCGACGAUGGCGAUUCUCUUAACCGUUCCGAACUCGUGCGGAUUCACUGCACUUAUUCUUAUACACAUUUUAAUGGGAAACCGGGAGCGUUAGCACUACGCUCCGACGAAACGAGCGUCCCGUUCGCAGACACAUUCCGCACUGGCGUCGGGCGCGGGUGCGGGUCGGCGCGCGGCGCGGCCCGCUCCGCGCGUCCCUCCGCGCGCGCCUCGCCUUUUUAUGAAUGGAAGGCGGCCAUACUGAAUGAACCGCGUACACGAAGCAGUCGGCCGCUAUUUUCGCAGGCCAGCGGGGUGAGCGCAGGGGGCGGGAGCCGGAAACGGGCUGCGAGCGCGAGCGGUGCCAAAUUUUGCGGCGCGGGCGACGGUAGCGGAUGCGCUCGUUUAUCGAGCUUCCGGCGAGAUCCCCCCGCGCAACCGCAUCCGGGAAUUAGGUUUCCGGCCAACGAGACCAACGAACACCCCGCCCACUUUCCUUUAACGAUUAUUACUCACUAUGAUAACGAGAGCCUAUCUGAUGAAACGGGUUCAAUUAUUCGUUCAAGUUCACAUCAUAUUUUUGCCGCUUUUGCUGUGGCCUCUGAUGAAGGUCGUUUUGCGUACACAAUAUUAAUAAAGUUUCUCUUUCUAUGCACCAAAUUCCGAUACGAUGUGAGUAUUUAA